CUUUAGUCGAAAGCCAUAUUUUCGGAAUUGCCAGCGAAUGAUGGACGCGAUCUUGGCCCUCGUCCAGCACGACAUUGGCGGCCGGGGCAUGGUCCACCUUCUAGAUGGCCCGCGGGACCGCGCUGCCUUUGCCAACGCCGUUGAGGUGCUCGCCCGCCUCCCGCCGGCCUCGCAUGUCGCGAUCCUCACGGGCUUUCCGUGCCUCCUCGACUACGACCCACCGACCGAGACGGACGGCCUUGGCGGGACUUUUGCUCUCGCCCAUGCGCUGCACGCGCUGGGCCGACAUGUGGUACACAUCCUCACGGACGAUGUCAAUGCGCCAGUGCUCAAAGCGUGCAUCGCGGCCGUGCCCGACCUGGACGUGCGACUGCACGCCUUUCCCCCAGGCCAUCUCUGGACCACCGAGACGCGGGCCGCACUGACGGCGCUUUAUCCCAGUAUAGCAGCCUACGUAGCCAUCGAGCGCGCGGGGGCCGCCGACGAUGGCCACUACUACACGAUGCGCGCCCGCGACAUGACGGCCAUGGUCGCCCCCUUGGACGAGUGCUUUGCGCACGCGCGAGCGCAUGGCGUGCCUACGAUUGCGAUCGGCGACGGCGGCAACGAGCUCGGCAUGGGCAACGUCGCGGCGACGACCAAGGCCAAGGUGCGCAAUGGCGCCAUAAUCGCGACCACGCAAGACUGCGACCACUUGAUUGUCGCGUGCAUCUCGGACUGGGGCGCGUACGCUCUCUGCGCGGGUCUUGCCGUUCGAGAGAGCGACGUGGCGGUCUUGGUCGAUGCACACGCCGUCGUCGCCGUGGCCAACGCCAUGGUGGCUGCCGGCGCCCGGGACGGCAUCCUCGCCUGCCAAGACACGUUUGUCGAUGGACUGCCGCUCGUCGAGACGCUCAACUUGCUACAUGCGCUCCGGCAUGUGGCGGCCGGGGCAAGGCACGUGACGCGGCUUGUCGGCAAGGUCGGCGAGACCGAAUGGCCGAUGCUCGGACGGCGCAAGACUACAGCGACGUCCCAACCGUACCUCCGCAUCUGCCGCCUGGCGGACCUUGCGACUCUGCCCGACGAUGCCCACGCGCAUCAUGUCCUCGAGAUUACGGUGCAGGAGAUUGCAACGCUCGACUCGAUGCUACACCCAGCCCCGCGCUUGGUCAAUCUGCAAGUGGACGCCGCCAUGUCUGCCACGGAGCUUUUGGCCGCGAUGGCGCGCUUGCAGGUCGUUGGUAACUCGACCUUUCUCGGGCUGGUCAAUGUCUCCUUGGACGUGCUUGCGCAAGCCUUGCGCCUCGACGCGGCGUUGAUGACGAGCGUUCGAUUUGUGACGCACUCGGACCGCGCCGUGCUGUUGCAAGUGGCGUCGUUGUGCCAGCAACACAACAUGGCGCUGAUGCUGGACCAUGGCGACGCGUCGCCAAGCGCACUGCCUUUGCUUCGCGACGACCGAUCGCUCUACUGUGUCGCUGCCCACAUCUUCGAAUAAGCUCUUAAUGCACGGCGGCUUUGCUCGACGGCGGC